GUCCGCUCAAUAGUCUUCAUAAGUGGUUGGACAUGUUGAGCGAAAUGCUUGAGAAUUGGUCACAAUGGCUCAGAUGAAUUCGCUCCUUAUUUCCUUCUAGAUCUUGCCUUCUAGUAUUCGUUCAUGUUCUUUGUGAAAUAUGGUCUCGUUGAUUAGUCUGUCUUAUUAUUAUUUAUUAUUAUGAUUUUUUCGUCUCCUCUACUAUUCAGUUUGUUAGUUUUAUUUCAUUUGUACUGAUACGGUAUUUCAUUCUGCUUCAAGUUCAACUUCGAUUGUUUUGUUUACCGUGUAUAAAAUCACAAAAUUAGUAAAUUUACAAGUUUUUAUUAAAAUUUUUAUUCAUAUGGAUUGAGAAUAAACAUUUUCAGGUAUUUUAAUCUGUUUAAAACAAAUAAUUUUGUAGGUCGUUGAGAAUUUGAUCGUAUAUAUAUACUGUUAGUAAUUAAUUAGAUUUGUAAGCCAAGUAUAAAGUGUUAUUAGUUUACUACUGUUAAUGAAAAAUUUGACAUGAAAAAAUUAAUGAACAAAUUACACGUUCAACUCAUGUAGACCACUACCAUCGCCUUUAUUCCUCUAAUCAAAAUAAUAUUAAAAACGAACGUAAAAGAAAAUUUGAAGCAAAAUAUAACUCAAUUAAUGGUAAACGAUUAUUUCUGUGCAGAUUAGCGGAAGUUCAAUUAAGUGGGUAAAUAAGUAUAUGUAUGUGUGUAUGUUUGUUUGUGUAUUCGUGUGUACUUCAUGUAUAUCUCAUUAUCAUCACUUACCUUACAUUCUUGUAUUGAUUAAGGAUUAGUUUUCAUUUUCUGUCGAGAUUCAUUUUCUAGGUAGAUCACUUUUAUUUUCAUUUAAAAUUCGCAAUAUAAAUACAAAUGAAGUGUAUGUUUAUAUAUUAAAAUAGAUAAAUAAUAUCAUGUAUUGGUUAACUACAUCAUGCAAUCAACUAUCCAUUAUGUGUUGUAUAACAUACUCCACUUAAUUCAUUAUAUAUAAAAAUUAUAUUUGAAAUAAUUUCAGCGGUUGAAAUUUAAAAUAAUUCAAGUGUUUGAUAAUUUUGAUUAUUAGUCUGAAGAAAUCCAAAAAAGUUUACUCGAUGGAGCGUCAUUGCUGCCGUCUAGCGUUUCGGGAAGUCAAUCUUUAAGUCAGUUUUCUGUGAAGAUGGGAAUAAGGAUACAAUCAUUGCUAUUCGCUUAUAUAUUUAUAUAGUUGGAAAAUAGUUAACCUUACAAACUGACAGCAAUUGGAGGGCUCAAACUAGAAUAAAACAUUCAGCACCCAAUAUUUCUCGAUGUUUAAUCGUCCUUCCUAUUGGAUCAACCCUGUUGAACGUAUCGUCAGGCAUCACAUGAUAAACUCGAUUUUAUUCUUUAUUCUUACCUUGAAUUAGAUAAUCACUUGAAGCGGAUCAGUAUUCUGUCUUUAAUUCAGCUAUGUUUUCUUCGUGAGUUGAGCCAUAAAAAACCCCCAACUAAAAAAAUGUCAAUUAUAUGUCAAACCUUCCCCACUAUGGAUCAUUCCUUUGUGUUCACUCAUAUCUGUGUGUAUCAUAUAAAAUAUCCAACAUUAUUAGAUAAUUAGUAAAAGUAAACAUUCCGAUUCUCAUCUACAAACAUCAAUUAAGAAUAAUAAUGAUUGCAGAAACCCAUCAAUUUGUUCGACGGAUACAUUAUCUCAUUUAUCUCAACUUGACCAAUUAUUACCAAUUAUACAAUAUGUUGUAAUACGCUCUGCAAUUAUGUAUUUAGGUGCUGAAUUGGAUUUUAUUGAACAUUUAGCACCGAAACGUUUAUCACUUCAUGGAUUAUUACCUUAUCUAAUGAAUACAUUACAAGAAUGUUAUGGUCAAAUUCUAAAUGAAGGAAGUAGUAUAUAAUCGAUUAUUCAUUUUAAAUAAUAUGUGUAUUUCAUGAAUUCAAUGCUUGUUAUCUUUUGAAAUUUGUAAACCAUGUUUUUUUGACUUUUUUUGCGAUCAAAAUUUUACUACUUAUAUACUGAAUUUGUUAUCUAACACACUGUUCAUUACAUUAACAUUAUUUUUUUUCUACAAUGGUUGCCAUUAAUUAAUUAUUAUUAUUGUUGCAUUUUACUGGUAUUCUUUUUUUGUUGCUACAUACUAUUAUGAUGUUAAAUUAUUCUCCAAGAGAAAAUGCAGCUAUUUCAUUGUACUUGACUGAAUUACUAAUAAUAUUGUUUACGUUAUGAUUUUCUAUUUUCUUUUAUCAGCGUAUUGUUGAUGUACGUUUUCUCUGUUGUUAUUGUUCUGGUUAAAAUUGAAUGCACUCAACUAGUACAUCCAUAGAAGUACAUUUUACUUUACGCUAUUAUAUAUAAGCUUAUUAAAAUCCUUAAUUGCUUUCUAUACUUUUCAUUAAGUUAAAAAAAGUUAUCAUACUAUACCAUAAAUAUGUCAAUCAGUUUAGAUUUGGGCAGAAAUAUAAACUGUCCUGAGUUGUUAUAAUCAAAUAUAAGGACGACGAGAUGAACAAUGAUGACUGACAAACGAAGGAAUUAAAGUAACAUAUUCUCAGUGAUGAAGUGAAUGAUCAAUUACUGAGUCUAUUGCUCAAAAAGAUAUAACCUAUAACCUCGCUGCGGCAAGCAACUUCUCCAGUCUAACAUGAUAAUACCAAUAAUUCAUUAUUCUGUUGAUUUAUUCAUUCUUUUGUUAAUAAUCUAACUCUUUUGCAUCACAUCAUUGGUUCAUUUUCUCCUGUAUACUAUUUUUUCUAUUCAGCUCAAUUACUUUCAACGGUAAUGAUUUAGGCAUUCGUUAGCAUCAAGUUUGACUGGAUGUCGUAGAAACUGAUGAAGUCCCUUUACUAUCACAUGAUCCUUGUGUAGUUGCAAAUAACUGUCUAACUUCUCAAUUUGAACACUACAAAGAAACUAUAGUUUGCCAAGAUUUCUUGGAACCCAAUAAUUUCAAUGAAUAUACAAAUACCUCCAAUUCAGGCGGUACGUUUAGUUCUUCAUUGGUUUUCUGAAUGGAACAACUCUGAACGUGAAUUAUUUCUUUCUACAUUAAAUUGUCUCGAAACGGUGGAUCAUCAUUUAUCCAUUGAUGAUUCAUUAUCCAUAAUAAGUGAAAUGAAUACCAAUGAGCAUGACAAUAGUUCUAUACAUCAGAAUAAUACUAUUGGUCAUCAAAUGAAUGAUACAUUCUUAGCACAUUUAAUGAAUAGGAAUUUGCAAAUUAAUUCAGAAUUUGUUGAAAGAUUAGAUUCAUCAGAUAUAUUUCAAUGUCAAAAUAUAUAUUUAAUGAACUGAUGCCAAUCGGAGAAUAAAGGCGGAAUGAAUAGUUGUCUUAGUAGUGCGCACUCCCAAUUCUACAGGGGGUCGAUUUCAUAUCUGGUUUCAAACACUCAAUGGCAAAGAGUGAUGGGUUCACAUUUCUGAAAAGUACCCAAGUGGGACAAAGCAUCUGUCUAGCGCUUCCUUAUUUUUAUCAAUUCCUUAAUGAAUACUAACUCAACAUGGAAUU